UUUCAGAAUCUUUCAUUUUUUUAUUUAUAUUGAAUGUUUUCUGAUGAUUUCCCUUUUCUAGUUUUCUGAAUGAACAUCUAGAAUAUCAGGGUGUAACAAAGUCACAGUUUUCAUUUCAAAAUCUAGUACCAAUGGAGGAAAAUUAUGUGCGAAAGUCUACUCCUGCUUCACAUGGGACGAUUGGCGCUUUGGUACGAGCGCCCAUGGAAGAAAAUUAUGUGCAAAAGCGUCAUGCUACUUCUGCUACUUCACAUAAGAUGAGUGGCACUUUGGUACCAGUUGCUACAAUUUCCAUAUCUUGGGUUACUCCGGACCAGAUGACGGACUUUCACUUUGGUGAGGAAGGAAACUUUGCUUCAGAGGUUGGGGCAAAGGCACUUGCAGAAAGUUUAGAUGUCCAAGCUUUGCCUGACUAAUCCUGGGAAAUGGCGACCUUUCCCGCUAGUUCACCACCUAGAUAAAUCCGGAGGCGGUCACAGCUUAAACACACUUGGGCCGAACAUUCGUGCCUUGAUGUUUUAGUGUCAUGUACCUUCCUUCACCAGUUUGUACCAUUUGCUCCUCAUUUAUGUGACAUGAAACCUAAAAUGGCAUCUGAAAUGUAAAAAGUGCUACUUAUCUAUAUUGUCACUCCUACCAUGCCAUAGAAUAUGGAUAUGUUUCAUGUUUAAGGUUAUCUUGUCAUCUAUUUAUCACCCAUUUAUUA